GACCUUCACACACAAGCUCAUUCGUCCAUGCCGGUUAUGGUUGCGAUUCCAGCAGUCCUCUAGCCGUUAAGGGUGCUCUCAUCAAACACUGCAUGCAUUGCUCACAUCUCUCAACAUACCUUGUUGCCCUACAGAUGUCCCUGAAGGGCCUCUCCUCGCAGCUAACUGAAGACGCUUAGUGUGUCGCUGGUGUGUCGUGGUUAGAGCACUCUCUUUAGCCAAUCAAGCCACCGGAAUCAUCGUCUGUGUGGAGACGCCCCAUGCUAGCGCCAUUUCGUAGAGGUACCCAACUCAAGAGGGCCGGAGGCUGCGCCCUUGCACCGCUGCGUCUCGUGGUCGUUUUCUUCGUCCAGGCAACGCGCUGCAAAGGCCGGUCUCCCACCCUGACCCUCACAAGCAUAACCAUUACGAGCCGCCUCGUCACCACUGUUAACGAUCUUGCUGUAAAUCCCCAGAACAGUAAUCCAAGCUCUGUGUCGUCUCCUGCCAUUGAACGGGCCCGACAGGCAGAACGCGAGCAAAAAGUCGAUCAUGUCAACCGCCUUGCAUUUCUGGGCACUCUCCAAGUCGACACGGAUGGGCUCUUCCAUUUCUUCCGCCCUGAUGUCGUGUUAUCACCAGAGAGGCAAAACAAAAGAGGGAUGUCACACCGAUAGGAUUUCAAAGUUCCAGUCAGCAAACGAGAUUAACUGGCCGAACUCGAGCUGGGCCUUGAUCCACCACGAAUGGGAGCUUUCUGA